CAUAGUACUCCCCGUAUCACAAAUGCUAUCGCCACUCUACGUUCUUCUGCCACUUUUGGCUUUGGCCGGAGCCGCCAACAUUCCACACUUUCCCGCCCAUCUGACAGUCAAGCACUUGGAGCAUGUGCCGGUGGAAAUUCAGCCCCUGAUCAUCGAUGGAUACGAUGUCCAGGGAGUGGAUAACGUGCCCUACCUGGUCUCUCUGUCCCUGACCAAGGCCACCUACACCCAUCUGUGCGGCGCCUGCAUCAUCGGUAAGAAGUGGAUCCUCACUGCGGCCCAUUGCGUCAAGGAGUUGGAGGACUUCAACGGGGAUGCUCUAGGAACUCCAGUCUACGCGGGAGUCACCAACAGAUCCAACGUUACAGCAGCCCAAGUGCGCUAUGUGGACUUUGUCUCGAAGCACAGAUCCUUCACAGGCGAAGCUGGAAGCGACAAUAUUGCGCUGCUUCACGUGUCCGAGAGCUUUGUUUACACGGCUCGGGUUCAGCAAAUCGCACUGCCGGAUAUCAACGACGAUUACACCAACAAGACGACGGCUGUCUAUGGCUGGGGCCUCACCGACGUGGACAACGACGAGUACUCCAAGCAGUUGAAGUACGCCUUCGCCCCGCUCUUGGACAGAAGCGCCUGCCAGGGUCUGCUGCCCUCGGACGCUCCGCUGAGCAACCAACAGGUGUGCUCCCAGGUGAAGACCUGCUACGGAGAUGGAGGCAAUCCCCUCAUCUACUGGCCCAUCGAUGGACCUGCGGAACUGGUGGGUCUGGCCUCCUGGAGCUACAUGCCCUGUGGCUAUGCCAGCAGGCCGACGGUCUACACCUCGGUGCCAUCGUACGUGGGAUGGAUCUACCAGGUGAUCGCCGCCUAUUACCAGCUGAAUUAGGGAGCACCUGGAACUAUCAUUUUUUGCGUAAUACUCUUCUAGUGCAUUAAAACACAGAAACAAAAAAAACAAAACCAAUCUAA